AUGGGUAGCUCUCGGAUUGUGCUGGGACACAGAUUUACAAUUAGCGAAGGUGAAAAUGUCAGUCGUUCUCGGCUUCUGAAACUCUUGUAUGGACGCAUACCCAUAGUGCAUCAGAAUUCGAGACUAAAGCGUGAAGAGGACUCCGAACUCAACUCACAGUUUUCUCAUCGCAUGAUUCUAGGCUUUUUGCCAAAUCGACAUGCAGAAGACAAUUUUUGCAUAGAUAUCGACACUGGUCAGUUAGCCGCUGUACUCCAAUUACUGUACGCGCUCUCGACGUUCAAGCAGUUCUUGAAACAGAAAAGAAAGGAGGAACAAGCGGAGAAAACGCAAGUACCUGUCAUCACGAUGGCACCGAGCACGGCUAGCAAGUACGUGUUGCCUCACUUAGCCUAA